AUGCAAAUCACUUACUAUAAGCUGCUCCUUGCACUUCCUACUUGGAAAAUAGUUCCCACCACAAACAAAAUUGCUCGAGAACUCGAUGAGAUUUAUAAGGAUCUACACGAGCUUGACUUAGCAAUUGAUGUGCCUAAAAUCCUGGUCAAAAAGUAUAGCCUGCAAAAGGAGAAACAUAUACCGGUUGAUCCAAUUUCAUUGCGAGAAUCAUCCAUGGGAGAAAUAAGCUUCAACAUGAUGUUAGCUCCCCAAGCUGAUACUGAAAUCCCUCUUCCACCCCCUUUGCUACCCGCAAAGCACAAGUUCUUAAGUUAUAGCCCUCCCAACUCCGCGACGUCGUCCCCUCGAUUCGGCUUGAUUUUGUCAAGGAAGAUCUUGAAAGCCGAAAUCCAAACAUCGCCUCCGCAGGUUGACAAGUUGGUGAAGAAGCAUCCGUCACUGAAAAGCAAGUCUUGUGGAGAUGGAAGAACAUGUGCACCGCCAGAUGAAGUCGAUGAUCUUUGGAUGUACGAGAAAAACGCUUUUCAUUACAACAAGCAUUAUAGACAUGGAAGUUUAAUCUCCAAUCCGAAUGUGAUUAACAAUGGUGAUGAGAUGGAUGGUAAUGAAGUUGACUUCAAAUGCAAUGCCCUUUGCUUGUUCCUACCAGGGUUUACCAAGGCCAAGCAAGUAAAGCCUAGAAAAGAAGCAAUGGCGAUGGAGAAUUAUAAUGCGAUAUCCAGAACAGUUUCCCUGGAAAAGUUCGAAUGCGGUUCCUGGGCUUCAUCAACGAUAAUACCAGACCGUGAUGUUGAUGACGGUGACUCCAUGAAUACCUACUUCGAUCUUCCAUUGGAGUUGAUUAAAAGUCUUGGGAACGAUUCGGAUUUACCGGUUUCUUCUGCUUUCGUGUUCGAUAAUAAAGAUGUAAAAGGAGUUUUGAAGAAUGGUUCAAGUCAAACAAGAUCAACAGGCAGGAAAUCACACGAAUCAUCAUCAUCUCGGCAUGUCAGGUUCACUGCAUCAUCCCCAACAUCGUACCCUGCCUCACCUGCUUCUCGCAUAACGCCUCGUUUGCGUAAGGCUAGGGACGAUUUAAUGCUUUCUUAG